UCGAAACGCAUCGCUAAUUUUGCAAGGCUUGAAUAAUUUAAUUGUAACAAAGAACAAACUAGAACAGAUUAAAAUAAAAAUAAAAAUUAGUUCAAUUUAAAUGGAUAACAUAUAUUUGUAUACCCAACAACAACCUUGAUAAAUUGUCAUGCGCAUAAUGAGCAUUUGAUGAGCCAAAAUGCGACAAUUUGCAACAAGUGUUUGUUUUGUUAGUUACCGCUGCCGCUGCUGGCAGGAACGAGUUUUCUUCUGCCAUAAAAUAUCCAGAAUGCGAAAUUGGAAUGUAUUUUGAAAGCUCGAUGAUGUAAUCUCAAUGUGCCAGUUUUUGUCAAAAUAGCAUGCAUGUUAUUUACCGUGUGCCAUGGUGAUAUUUUCGAGGAAUGCGAAGAUGUCGAAUCGGAAAGUUUUGUAUCCAGUUGGCAGAGUUGUCAAUCGUAUGUGUAUUGUGAUGGCGACGAGUCCAUGUUGGGUGAAUGCGAUGAGGGCCAAUACUUUGAUCCGGAAACAUCAUCGUGCGAUGAUGCGGCCAAUGUGAAAUGCUUUCUCGAUGAGGUCGAUGAGCCAUCCGUCGAAGAGGAACCCGAACCAGAACCAACGCCACCUGUUAUGGAGCAGCCCACUGAUGUGGAAAUUGUAAAUACAGCGCCAGUCGUCAAGCCCAAUUGUCCGAAUAGUGAUGAUCCCAGCCAGGUGAUAUUUAUGGCCAACAAUGCAUCAUGCGCGGAUUACUAUCUAUGCUAUCAUGGUCAUGCCAUCGAAAUGCAUUGCACCAACCAGCUGCAUUUCAAUGGGCUUACAGGACAAUGUGAUUAUCCCGAGAAUGUUCACUGUCCGCUGGAUGAACCGUCGGCGCACAAGUGCUUGCCACACAUAACCGAUUUCUUUCCACAUCCGGACAAGUGCAGCUAUUUCUACUAUUGCAUCAAGGGAUUCCUGACGCUGCAACAGUGUCCCUUCUACUAUGGCUGGGACAUUGAGCGGCGCAGCUGUGUGCAACUAAAUGUGGCCAAAUGCUAUGGGAACUCAAGGCGGGCGUAGCACCACCAGCCCUAUCCACCAUUGGGAAUUUCCUCAAAUUAAGCAACAUAAAGCCCUAUCGACAAACACAUAGCUUGUUGUUAUAUUGUUGUACUUUUUUAAGUGAUAAGCGCCCUAGUUAAUGAUAAGCCCAAUACACAGAAACAUGUCUCGUUUAAUUAAAUGCAACAUUUUAUUUGACAAAAAA